UUUACUUUCAACUCCAUGAUAUUUUGCUUUAACUGGAGUUCUUCUCCAAUUCAAUCUCUUACACCAUAAGAAAUCGUAAUACAACACAAAUUGCUAUAAAAACCUUAGACUUCAUUAGGCUUCAAAUUUCAGGCAUUAUCGGCUGAGAAACCUCACAAGGGAAAAUUGGUGCAUUGUUUUGUUUACUUCUGAAGCAGAAAACUCAAAAGGGAAAAGCUAUGAGUGUUGGUUUAGGUUCUGUGUUGAUGAACAAAUUAGGGGGAUUCGCCUCCAGUGAUCCUGAUCAGGUUUCAGUUAGUUCCAUUACACUGUUCGUCACCCUCCUCUGUAUCUCCGUUGUGCUCGGCCAUCUACUCGAAGAAAAUAAAUGGAUUAAUGAGUCUGUUAAUGCUCUUUUCAUUGGUUUGGGUACUGGUACCAUUCUAUUGCUUGCUACUAAUGGAGUGAGCUCGCGGAUCUUGGAAUUCAACGAGGAGCUCUUUUUCAUUUACCUCUUACCGCCUAUUAUAUUUAAUGCUGGGUUCCAGGUGAAAAAGAAACAAUUUUUCCGGAACUUCAUGACCAUCACAUUGUUUGGUGCAGUUGGGACGAUGAUAUCCUUCUGCAUCAUCUCAUUCGGUGCAAAAUUGCUGUUUGACCAAUUGAAUUUCGGCUAUUUGGAACUUCAGGACUAUCUUGCUAUUGGAGCCAUCUUUUCAGCUACAGAUUCUGUAUGCACACUGCAGGUUCUUAAUCAGGAUGAGACACCAUUUCUCCACAGUCUAGUGUUUGGGGAAGGUGUGGUCAAUGACGCCACAUCUGUGGUGCUAUUUAACGCAAUUCAGAAAUUUGAUCUCUCGGAGAUUGAUUCCACAAUGGCCUUUACGUUCAUUGGAAACUUCUUCUAUUUGUUCAUAACCAGUACUCUGCUUGGUGUCUUGAUGGGACUGCUGAGUGCUUAUAUUAUUAGAAAGUUGUACUUUGGAAGGCAUUCAACUGAUCGUGAGGUUGCUUUAAUGAUUCUCAUGGCUUACCUAUCUUAUAUAAUGGCCGAGCUCUUUGAUCUGAGUGGGAUUCUGACAGUGUUCUUCUGCGGCAUUGUUAUGUCGCACUAUACCUGGCAUAACGUGACAGAAAGUUCUAGAGUCACGACCAAGCAUGCUUUUGCAACUUUGUCGUUCAUUGCGGAGACAUUUAUCUUCCUGUACGUUGGUAUGGAUGCAUUGGAUCUUGAAAAAUGGAAAUUCGCAAGCAGCAGCCCUGGAAAAUCUGUUGGAGCUAGCGCAGCUUUAUUUGGUUUAGUUGUUGUUGGGAGAGCUGCUUUUAUUUUUCCGCUGUCCUUCCUAUUCAACUUUACAAAGAAAUCUAAGAGCGACAAACUCAACCUCAAGCAGCAGGUCACAAUUUGGUGGGCUGGUCUGAUGCGAGGUGCUGUCUCGAUGGCACUGGCUUAUAAUCAGUUUGCUAAAUCUGGCCAUACCAAGCAGCCGGGGAAUGCGAUCAUGAUCACCUGUACCAUAACUGUGGUCCUCUUCACUACUGUGGUGUUCGGAUUAUUGACAAAGCAUUUUGUGAGGUUUAUGUUUCCUCCAUCGGACCAUAUCAACGACAGAGAUGUUUCAGAACCUUCUAGCCCGACGUCUCCGAUGUUGCCCCUUCUGAGCAAUGGGGAAGCGAAUGGAGUGGAGAGGAAUGUUCGACGUCCGUGUAGUUUGCAGAUGCUUCUAAGUGCUCCAACCAACACAGUCCACUAUUACUGGAGAAAGUUUGACGAUGCGUUCAUGCGGCCGGUGUUCGGAGGUCGGGGAUUUGCGGAGUUCGUACCGGGCACACCAAGAGAAGAUAGUGACAGCCAUUUAGUAUGAGAUGAAACAAUGAGUUUUUGGCCAUCUUUCUGUAUAGUUGUUGACUGCUAACUCAUGCUAGAGAAUGAUAUACUGGGCUAAUUUUAUUUAAUAUAUAUAUAGCAGCUAGAGAAUGAUAUACUGGGCUAAUUUUAUUUAAUAUAUAUAUAGCAGCAAUUUAUCGACUUAGGUUUGAUGUAAAUUCGUUAAAUUUCUGGAGGGGUAGAUUCUUGAUAUUGAGAGUGGAUAUCUAUAUAGAUUCUGCCGAGUUUGUAAAUAUGUGGAUAUCUAUACAGUUGAGCUUCCUAUC